GCAAGCGACAACGGCCUCGCUCAAUCUCCGUCCAGGCCUUCCAUUGGCGAGGGGAACGCCGCUUAUAAUGGACUCUCAGUCAACGGCGGCUCCUCGCGCCGACACAUCAGGUUGUGUCAUUGCUGAUUGAUAUGUUUAUGCUUGUCGUUUCAUGAACGCCGCCACAGCGGCGGCUGAAGCACGAUGCUGGAACAAGCGGUCAAACAAGGUGUACUUGGUCCCUCGGUGGGGCGUCUAGCCUGUUGAUCCAGUUCCGGUCAUAGUGAAGAUAUGCCUUCGCUGCAACAUGGGAUGUUCCCUUGCAGGAGGGGCAUCAGAAACAACCGCCGCCACAGCGCAGUGGCGUAUAAUUCAUAUAAUCGGAACGACUGAGUCUGCGAGCGGCCCGGAAGAUCGCUCACGGACUACUGAAGCGAUUGUGUCUUACCUUCGUUGAUCGUUGCAACAGAAGUUUUCACGUGGGACGAAGUGUGAAGGGGACGACGAGAUGGCCUUGCUGCUAUGCAAGCGUGGUCUUCCGCACGGGGUACUCAACACGACAGCCAUGGGCGGCGCAGCGCUAGGAUACCAAGAGUCGAGUGUCUGUGUUUGUCUGUUGUACAUACAACGAAUAUAACAAAUCUUCGUGGC